GGGGGAAAUUCGGGGAUUUUUGGGAUCUCUGCGGCCCCUCCCCCCUCCAGGAGCUCCAAAUUCCCCAAAUUUGCCCCAAAAUUCCCGAGGGGGGAGGGGGAACCGCGGCGCCCCCUCCCCCGCUGAGCCCAGCCCCAUGUGAAGGAUGCUGAAGAAGAGCAGCCUGGCUCUGCUGGGUGCCGCGCUCUUCCUCGCCUGGAACGGGCUGCUGCUGCUGCUGCUGUGGGGCCGCGGCGCGCUGGGCGCCGGGCCCGCACAGCUCCCGCCGAAGCCGCGCCUGCUGCCGGCGCAGCUGCUGCAGCUGGCGCAGGACGCCGAGGCCGAGCUGCGGCUGCAGCGCGAGCUCCUGCUGCAGAUCCAGCAGCUCAGCCGGCUGCAGCGCCACAAAGCGCCGCCCAGAACGCCGAAAACGCCGCGAAAAACCCCAAAACCCGCCGCCCGCGAGGAGGACGAGGAGGAGGAGGCGGCGCCGGUGAUCCCGGUGCUGGUGCUGGCGUGCGACCGCAGCUCGGUGCGGCGCUGCCUGGAUAAGAUCCUGCGCUACCGCCCCAGAGCGCGGCGCUUCCCGGUGAUCGUGUCGCAGGACUGCGGCCACGCCGAGACGGCGGCCGUCAUCGCGUCCUACGGCGCCGCCGUGUCGCACAUCCGCCAGCCCGACCUCAGCGACGUGCCGGUGCCGCCGGAGCACCGCAAGUUCCAAGGGUAUUACAAAAUCUCCCGGCACUACCGCUGGGCGCUGGGGCAGGUGUUCCGCGCCUUCCGCUACCGCGCCGCCAUCGUGGUGGAGGACGACCUGGAGGUGGCGCCGGAUUUCUUCGAGUAUUUCCAGGCGGUGCUGCCGCUGCUGGAGCAGGAUCCCAGCCUGUGGUGCGCCUCGGCGUGGAACGACAACGGCAAGGAGGCCUUGGUGGACGCCGGGCGCGCCGAGCUGCUCUACAGAACCGAUUUCUUCCCCGGCUUGGGGUGGUUGUUGUUGGCCGAGCUCUGGGAUGAGCUGGAGCCCAAAUGGCCGCCGGCGUUUUGGGACGAUUGGAUGAGGCAGCCGGAGCAGCGGCGCGGCCGGGCCUGCGUCCGGCCCGAGGUGUCCAGGACGAUGACGUUCGGUAGGAAAGGCGUGAGCCACGGGCAGUUUUACGAUCAGUACUUAAAGUUCAUCAAACUCAACGACCGCUUCGUGCCUUUCACCCAAAUGGACCUUUCUUACCUCAAAAAGGACCGGUACGAAGGAUUCUUCCUCCAGCAGGUUUAUUCCGCCCCCGAAAUCCACCUGGAGGAGCUGCAGAAGGAUUCGGGGAGGGAUUCGGGCCCGGUCAGGCUCCAGUAUCGGGGCAGGGAUUCCUUCAAGGCUUUGGCCAAAGCUUUGGGGCUCAUGGACGACCUCAAAUCCGGCGUGCCCCGCGCCGGCUACCGUGGCGUCGUCAGCUUCGUGUGCCGCGGCCGCCGCGUCUUCCUGGCGCCCCGACUGGACGGGCACGUCGAC